AUGCGUCUCUACGUUGGGUUUCUAUCGGUUUUGGGCCUUACUUUUCUGAUGGCGUUUAUCACUUGUGCUGAUUCAUCUGGAAAGUCCCGAAAUCGCGAAGAUCGAUUUGAUCUAGAAAACGAGCGAUUUAAUAAUCAAGGAAGUGACGAGCUAAUUGCGUCAUGUGAAAGUACGGAGAGUGUGGAAAUCGAUAGCUGUCGUCAGGGGAAAAGUAAAUACUCCAAGAAAAAGACUUUUAAAUUCGCUAUUUAG